AACAUUUGGUAGCUUUUCGUAAAUUUUCGACUUUUUCGUCGACGUUUUGGUUUUUCGCAACGCGCUGCGCUUUCCACAUUUUCAUUUUCAUUUUGCCUUUUCCUCAUUCGGUUUCGGGCUUUUCCGUGCUGUGCUCUGUCCUGUCCUGUCCUGUGCUGUGGCUCUGCUGUAGCAUCGCGCCGAGGGUGGGUGGCUGGGGUGGGUUUUCUUUCUUUUUCUUUUUUUUUUUUUUUUUUUGUUGGCUGCCUUUGGCUUUGCGCUGCAUCCUGUCAAAUUGACUGCAAAAAAGGACCUCUCCUUUGGCAGCUUCACUUUCGUAAUUGGCGGUCUGCUCUGCUCUGUUCUGCUCUGCUCUGCUCUGCUUUUGGCUCCGGCUCCGGCUGCGGCACCGGUUCAGCUUCAGCCACUGCUGGCUGCGCCAUUCACAGUUGGUCCGUCAGCCAAAACGAUCCGCAUCCGCUCCGCAGCAGCUGCGUCGUCGUCGCCGUCGUUGUCGUCGUCCUUUGCGUCGUCGUCCUUUGCGUCGGCAAACGUAAUCAACAAUUUUUCGCGUGCGUUAGUCAAAUUUUGAUUUGUGAUUUGUGAUCUCCCAGUGCUAAUUGUGCUCGAACUAAAAAUUCACCAAAUCCCAGUUAAAUAUAUCGUGUGAUUAGCGCUGUCAACAUAAACUUAACCACGCUGGAUACUUUAGGGUUUAAAUAUUUCCACCAACGGAAAAUGGGCACAGCUGGCGAUCGCCUGCUGGACAUACCUUGCAAGGUGUGCGGCGAUCGCAGCUCGGGCAAACAUUAUGGCAUCUACAGUUGCGAUGGCUGUUCGGGCUUCUUCAAGCGCAGCAUUCAUCGCAAUCGGAUUUACACCUGCAAGGCAACAGGUGAUCUCAAGGGUCGCUGUCCAGUGGACAAAACACAUCGGAAUCAGUGCCGCGCCUGCCGCCUAGCCAAGUGCUUUCAAUCGGCCAUGAAUAAAGACGCGGUUCAACAUGAGCGCGGUCCCCGCAAGCCGAAGCUACAUCCGCAGCUACAUCACCAUCAUCAUCACGCGGCAGCUGCAGCGGCUGCUCACCAUGCGGCCGCCGCCCACGCCCACCACCACCACCAUCAUCACCAUCACGCCCAUGCGGCGGCGGCUCAUCAUGCGGCGGCCGCUGCAGCCGCCGCUGCCGGACUGCAUCAUCACCACGGCAGCCAUUUGCCCGUGUCGCUGGUGACCAAUGUCUCCGCAUCGUUCAACUAUACGCAGCACAUCUCGACCCAUGCACCGCCGGGCGGCUUCCAUUUGCCCACAGGUGCGAGCCAGGGCGGUGCUCCGGCCCUGCCACACCAGGGGCAGCCGAGCCAUGGCGCCCAGUCGGCCGGAUCACAUGCUACGGCCUUUCAUCAUCCGACCCAUGGACAUGCGCUGGCUCCGCAUGCCGCUCUGCAGAAUGGCGGUGGUGGCAGCGGUGCACUCGGUGGUGCAGCUGGCGGUGCGUCAAGCGUCGCCAUGACCUUCCCACCCCACUUGCUGCAUCACAAUCUGAUCGCCGAGGCGGCCAGCAAGUUGCCCGGCAUCACGGCGGCAACGGCAACGGCUGUGGCUGCUGUUGUCUCCACCACGCCGUAUGGCCACCACCCGGCCACCUCGUCAGCCAUCGCAGGGAAUCACAGCAGCAACAACAACUGCAGCAACAACAACAACAAGAACUACUCGUCGCCCUCGCCCAGCAACUCCAUACAGUCCAUCUCGAGCAUUGGCUCGCGCAGCGGCGCCGGCGGCGCUGACGGCGCUGGCAGCCUGAGCCUGGGCAGCGAGAGCCCGCGCGUCAAUGUGGAAACGGAGACGCCGUCGCCGUCGGCAUCGCCACCGCUGAGCGCUGGCAGCGUUUCGCCAGCUCCCACGCUGACCGAUUCGCAGAGCUUGGCCGCAUCCAGCGCAUCGCCGCAUCCGGCACAGAGCUCGACGCACUGCCUCAGCGACAACUCGCAUCAGACGAACAAUCCGGCAACGCCGCCCACAAAUGCUGCGCUGCUCAUGCACAGCAUUCAUGUCAACAACAACAAUAACAACAACAAUAGCAACAAUAACAAUAACAACAACAACAACAAUCUGAGCAACAAUAAACAGCUUAGCUACACUUCUGGCUCUCCCACGCCCACAACGCCCACACCUCCGCCCGCGGCGCUGGCAACAGCGCGCUCCAGCAGCGCCUGCCACGGCUCAAACGGUUUCCUGGAACUGCUGCUCAGUCCGGACAAGUGCCAGGAGCUCAUCCAGUAUCAGGUGCAGCACAAUGCGCUGCUCUUUCCGCCGCCGCUGCCCCAGCAGCUGCUCGACUCGCGCCUGCUCUCCUGGGAGAUGCUGCAGGAGACGACGGCUCGUCUGCUCUUCAUGGCCGUGCGCUGGGUCAAGUGUCUGAUGCCCUUCCAGACAUUGUCCAAGAACGAUCAGCAUUUGCUGCUGCAGGAAUCCUGGAAGGAGCUUUUCCUGCUCAAUCUCGCUCAAUGGACCAUUCCCUUGGACUUGACGCCCAUACUGGAAUCGCCGCUCAUCAAGGAGCGCGUGCUGCAGGAUGAGGCGACCCAAAUGGAAAUGAAGACCAUACAGGAGAUCCUCUGUCGCUUCCGUCAGAUAACGCCCGAUGGCAGCGAAGUGGGCUGCAUGAAGGCCAUUGCACUGUUCGCCCCCGAGACCGCCGGCCUGUGCGAUGUGCAGCCGGUGGAGAUGCUGCAGGAUCAGGCGCAGUGCAUACUCUCCGACCAUGUGCGGCUGCGUUAUCCGCGUCAGGCCACACGCUUCGGUCGGCUGCUGUUGCUGCUGCCCUCGCUGCGUACGAUACGAGCGGCGACCAUUGAGGCGCUCUUCUUCAAGGAGACUAUCGGCAACGUGCCGAUAGCACGACUUCUGCGCGAUAUGUACACCAUGGAGCCGGCACAGGUGGACAAGUAGAUGAUGACUCGCUAGGCUGGCUGCCUAGCUGGCUGACUGUCUGUCUGGCUGGCCGGCCAUUUGUUGUGAAUUGGGCGUGGCGUGCUUCCAAAUGUAAUCAAAAUCGAUGCGGCAACAAUUUUUGCACUUGCAAAAAUAUUUUUGCUCCAACUAAACUAGAAAGAAAAAUUAUAAAAAAAAAAAAAAAAGAAGAAUAUAUUUAUAAAAAGAAUGGAAAAAUGGAAACGAAACGUUGAUAAAAAAGAAAAGUAAAAAAAUUGCGACUGCAGCUGCGACAGUUCACAGCGCGUACAGCGCUCGUGUAAUAGAUACAUUGCCACGCCCCUCCGGCCGCCUCUGGCUGCUUUCACGUUGAUUUAUAGCUCUGUUCGCGAGUUAUUCGCUACUUUUCGUUUAUUUUCAUUUUUUGCCCUCUCUAUCUCUCUCGUUCUCUCUUUCGCGCUACUUUCUAACGUUUUAUUUUUUUUUUUCCACUCUGCACUUUAUUUAUCUUUCAUUCGACGUUUUGUCGUCGCUUUUCUAAAAAUUGCUCAUGUUAUUUCAGUUGGCUGGCAAGCAAAACCCACCUGCAAGCCAGGCACCUACACAAACUCCACUCCUCCCCGCCCCACUCCCAGAGCACCCUUGACCUGCUGCAGCAGUCAAUUGCCACCCAACUCCCACUUUUGAUUUUCCCCGUUCCCCAUUUACCCUUUUUACACAUUGGCUUUUUUAACAGAGAGUCUUUUCACUAUGCAGAGAUUCUUAGGCAUUUAGCAGAGCCUGCGACACAGCUGU